AUGAGCUUAUCAACAGUAUCAAACCAUAUAAUAAAUCCAUUAGGAAAUGUUGUUUAUGGUAAUCCAUCAUCACCAACAUCAACUUCAUCAUCAUCAUCCCUAACACCAACAUCAACCAACGAAGAAAUGAUAAAGAAAGAAGAUAGUGGUACAAGUGAACCAUCAUCACCUUCUACAGGUGAGUGUAACGGUAAAAAAGCUGGUAGAAGAAAAAUUAAAAUAGAGUUCAUCGAUGAUAAAUCCAGAAGACAUAUUACCUUUUCCAAAAGAAAAGCUGGUAUCAUGAAGAAAGCAUACGAGCUAUCAACUCUUACCGGUACUCAAGUCUUAUUAUUAGUUGCCUCCGAAACUGGUCAUGUAUAUACAUUUGCAACUGCUAAAUUACAACCAUUAAUCACUAGACCAGAAGGUAAAAACCUCAUUCAAUCUUGCUUAAAUACUCCUGAUAAUCCAAAUUCACCUUCAAUGGCAAAUCAAAAUAGUAAUAAUAAUUCAAAUUUAUUACAACAACAACAACAACAACAAUUACAACAACAACAACAAUUACAACAACAACAACAACAACAACAACAACAACAACAACAACAACAACAACAACAACAACAACAACAAGCUGCUCAACAAGCUGUCCAACAACAACAACAACAACAAGCCGCUCAACAACAAGCCGCUCAACAACAACAAUUACAAUUACAACAACAACAACAACAACAACAACAACAACAACAACAACAACAACAACAACAACAACAACAACAAUUACAACAAUUACAACAACAACAAUUAUUACAACAACAACAACACCAACAAAUACAACAACAUCAACAACAACAACAAUAUAUAAAUUCAAAUGGAUAUCCUGAAACAAUUUACGACAUUCAAGAUAAAGAUAUUGAAAGAAGAUUAGGAAAAGAUAAUAAUAAUAAUAAUAAUAAUAAUAAUAAUAAUAUUAAUAAUAAUAAUAAUAAUAACAAUAGUAAUAAUAAUAGUGGUAAUAAUAAUAGCAAUAAUAAUAAUAAUAAUAAUAAUAAAAAUAAUUCAAAUAAUAAUUCACAAUAUAUUCAACAACAAAAUUUAAAUAUUGACUUAAACUAUAGUAACCCAAAUGUUUAUCCAAUUGGUAAUUAUUUCCAACAAACCGUUCAAUCAAGAUAUAUUCAAAGUAGUAGCAGUGCCUCUUCCUCACCAGCUUCUCCAAACCAAUUUAAUUAUUCAAAUCAUUCAAUGCCAUUAAAUAAUCAAUUUCCACCAUGCUAA